UUUGUUGGCACUGGUGAUGAAUUUCUGUUUUUCUUAAGUUUUGUGUCACAAAGUGGAAAAAAUGCCUAAAUCAGCUGAAUGUAAUUUCCAUGUUUUCUUAAAAAAUUUACAAAAGCAGUUUUUGUGUUGCUUCCCGCUACACUGUGUUCAAUGGGAGGAUUUCCCUAAGAAUUUGACUUGGGAGCAACAAAAAAAUGUUAUUGAAUAUACGAUCAAUUCUCCGCUUAAUAAACAGUUUCCAAUUAAGUUGAGCUAUCAAAUUAACUUUUUAAAGAACCUUCUAUCAUAUUUGGAAAAAUACUGUGGAGAAAUUCAUGAUGAAAUUUACGAAAAUUAUUGCUUAAUUCAAGCUAAAUUGGCCAGCGAUUGUACUGAAAAGUAUGCCUUUAAGCAUUAUAUUGUUACUCCAGAUGCACAAUUUACUAUACGCGAAUCAAAAAGCUUUGUUGCUGAAGGUACAACUGGACUUUGCAGUUGGCAAGCUUCGUUAGCUCUCGCAGACUUUUUAAUUCAACAUCCGAGCUUAACGAGAGAUAAAUCGGUUUUGGAAUUGGGAGCUGGAACUGGGCUGUGCGGAUUUAUAAUGUUAAAAAUGUGCCAGCCUAAGCAUGUAGUACUUAGUGAUGGUAGCAGUUCUUGCGUAAAACUUAUGACCGAAAAUUUUAUAAGAAAUUUUCCUCAAGCAAUAGAAAGAAAUCAUAAAUUUACGAUGGCCACUCAAACUGUUGAAUUUUCAGCAGUAAAAUGGGACUGUAUAAGUGAUAUCGAAGAAGUUUCAUUACUAAAACCCGACAUUAUAAUAGCUGCUGAUGUUGUUUAUGAUGAUUCCUGCUUCUCGGAUUUGUCAUCAGCAAUCGAUUACGUUUUUAAACUCAAAAACAACCAAGUUGAAAUGUAUUUGGCAGCAACAGUUCGCAAUGAGCAUACUCUGAACGGAUUCCUUGAUAUUCUAGAUACUUUAGGUUUUCAUAUAAGUGAAUGCGAAGAUGUUUCCAAAGAAAAUAAUAUUUUAUAUUGGGACCGAUCAACUCCUGUAAAAAUAUUUAAGUUGGCUAGACAAUAACUCAAGAUGGAAAUUGUUUAAAAUAAAUAAAAACAAUAAGUA